GGAACUAUAGAAUAUAACGAAAAACGGGAGAGGAAUAACGUGGCUGUGAGGAAAAGUCGAGCCAAGGCAAAAAAUCGUCAACAAGACAAUGAACGAAGGAUGUGUGAACUACAGAUGGAAAACGAACGUCUUAAUGAACGACUCGAGACAAUAACGAAGGAGUUAGUUGUUUUAAAAGGAUUAUUUAAAAACAUG